UCAAAAUGAAAAUGGUUGCCGACGGGAAAAAUAUUAGUUAUUCCAUUUCAGACGUGACACAAUCCGGAUAAAGAGCGACGAUAUCAGAACCAUGUCUGGCACAUUCUACUUUGUCAUUGUUGGUCAUCAUGACAACCCAGUAUUUGAGAUGGAGUAUCUGCCUCCGAAUAAGACACAUGAUCCAAAGAAAGAUGACCAUCGCCACUUAAACCAGUUCAUUGCACAUGCUGCGUUGGAUCUUGUGGAUGAACAGAUGUGGGCCACCAACAAUAUGUACCUCAAGAUUGUAGACAAAUUCAAUGAAUGGUUUGUCUCUGCAUUUGUUACCGCAGGCAGAAUGCGAUAUAUCAUGCUCCAUGAUGUGAGAAAUGAAGAUGGAAUAAAGAGCUUUUUCACUGACAUGUAUGAAACAUAUAUCAAGCUGUCCAUGAAUCCCUUUUACGAACCAAACACCCCAAUCAAAUCAGCCACAUUCGAAAAGAAGGCACAAUUUUUUGGAAGAAAGUAUCUUACUGGGUAAUCGUACACUCAUAUGAGAUAAUCUAUAACCAUUGCUUCAUGGGUGAGCAAGGACAUAGUUGUUGGAAGUCACCAGUCAGGUGAUGUUGCAGAUCAAGAGGAACUACUGAAAGGGAUUUCGUUCAUCUGUAAACCACUGCAACAAAUGAGCCUGCAGCAGCUGUUCAUGUUGAUGGACCAACUUUGGCAAUGCAAUUGUCAUUCUAAAAAGUGGAAAUAAAUUGGACGGUUAGCGAAGAUGACUCAACAAGUGUUGUAUCGAAUGUGACUGAGUUGUGUACUGUUUUCAUUCUGUAUACUUCCAUCUUGGUUAGAGCAAACUCGAUCACACCUGUGUAGGGAUUAGAUAUCAUCAAGUCUUUUAAAUAAAUGUGCAAUAUGCUGUGUCAAGUCAAUAAAUUAUGCCAGGUGUAAAGUAAA